AUGGACUUCAUCAGGUCUCUCGGGUACCCAAAAGAGAUUUACAAACUUCUUAGGUUCAAGUUGGGUGGUUACCGGGCAGUGAUGCCUGACCUGGACCGGGACUCCAUGAGACAGAGCCUGCAGACCUGCUACAGAUACCUGAACGAAACCAGUCGGAGCUAUGCAGCCGUCAUCCAGGUUUUGGAUGGGGAAUUGAGGGAUGCAGCUUGCAUACAUUACUUGGUCCUGCGUGCUCUGGACACCGUGGAAGACGAUAUGACCAUUAGCCUUGAGAGUAAGGUUGCAACGCUACGUAACUUCCAUACCUACCUGUAUGACCCGGAGUGGAAAUUCGCCGAGAGCAAAGAGCAGCACCGACAGGUUCUCAAGGACUUCCCAACGAUCUCUCUGGAGUUCAGAAAUCUUGCUGUUGUUUACCAAGAUGUUAUUGCAGACAUAUGCGCCAAGAUGGGAGAGGGGAUGGCGAAUUUCCAGGAAAAUAAAGUGGACUCUUUGAAGCAGUGGGACGAAUACUGCAUUGCAGCAACUGGUCUGUUUGCGCUUGGCUUGUGCCAUCUGGUUUCGGCAUCAGAAUUGGAAGAUGGAGCCGUCGGCAUGGACAUACACUUUGCAAACACAACGGGCCUGUUUUUGCAAAAAACAAACAUCAUCCGUGAUUACCUGCAAGAUCAAUUGGAAGGUCGGGCAUUCUGGCCAAGAGAGGUGUGGAGUAAGUAUGCAAAGAAGCUCUCAGAUUUUGCAAAGCCAGAGAACAUCGUCCCGGCUCUGCAGUGUUUGAACGAGUUGAUUACCAACGCCUUGAACCACGUGCCGGACGUCCUCAGAUACCUGUCACGGCUUAAAAACAAACGCAUCUUCAGAUUCUUUGCCAUCCCCCAUGUAAUGGCUAUAGCCACUUUGGCUGCGUUUUACAACAACCAGCAAGUAUUUAAAGGCGUUGUGAAAAUCCGCAAGGGACAGACUGUCACUCUAAUGAUGGACGCCACCAACAUGGAUGCUGUGAGGGCCAUCACGCUCCAGUAUAUGGAAGAGAUCUAUCAGAAAAUUCCUCCGUCAGACCCCACGUCGGGCAAAACACAGCACAUAAUUUCCUCCAUACGCAGCCUCUGCUUACCCAACGCUUCGGUUGUAUCACAUAAAUAUUUGCCCCCCAUUUAUCUGUCCUGUGCCGUACUUCUGGCUGCCUUCAGUUAUCAGUACCUGGGCACGGUGUCCCAGGUGUCUGAAGAACUGCAUGCAAGCCAAUGAUCUAAGAAGAUGCAGGGCCAGCGGUGGUAAAAUGUACUUCUGUGACUCAUCAUGGAACACGGCAGUUGAGAUACUUCUCAUUCCCUGCCGCUUCAUUGACAGGUUCUGUAUGGACCUUCCAAGUUCCUUUUCCUUUAUCAUCCCAGACCUGUGAAACCCUAGAGAUUCUAAGUACAUAACACUUUAUGCACAUGUUUAGUUCCGGCUCUCUGCAAGAUUGAAGCACAAGGAAUCUUUGUUAAGCUUAAGGUUGAUUUUAGAACUUUCUCUAUUUGUUAUCAGUUUUGUGUUUAAAAUGAACUGGGUUUUAGCUAUGCA